UCUGUUAUUGUUCACAGAGAUGAAGGGAAACAUGGAUACCGUAGCAAAGCAAAGUCGUGUUUGUCGCAACGUCUUCUUCUUGUUCUUGUUUUGCACACUGAUCUUCAGCAGCAGGGCUGCUUCUACCAAGGAUAGUAAAAUUGGAGAAAGUUUGGUGUCAUUAACGGGUGGGGCUGAGAGUCUUAUCGGGUCAACACCACCAAGCUGCAAUUCCAGGUGUGGGAACUGCACACCCUGCACACCGGUUGCUGUACCUUUCACACCACCUGCUCAGCCGCAAACAGACUCUGUCUCCGAUCAACCCGACCCAGCCUCCCACCGACCCGAGGCUGAGGUCUGGAAAUGCUCGUGUGGCGGCAAGUUGUACGACCCAUAGAUUUAUUAUCCGUAUUCAUAUUGGAUAUGGAAUUGGACCUUUGUCCUCAAAUAAAUGAUACUUCAAAAUAAAUGUGUGUAAUAAGAUUUGAAAGUCUUGA